UGCUCACUGGAUCACGUGUGUAACGCGUUCCCGUCCUCCUGGAGUAUAAAUAGUGGCAGCAGGGGCGCUCUGGCGCAGAGUCAGCCCGUCUGGAGAUAACUGAGGUAUUUCACAUCAUUUCCUGCUGACUAUCUGAGAGUCAGAGAGGAUGUUGAUGAUGAUGAUGAUGAUGAAGAGGAAGGGCCUGAAGCCAUCCUUGGCUGUGGUGGCGCUUCUUCUGGCUUCAGCCAGCUGUAUCCUGCCACCAUCCAAUGAAGAUCUCAAUGAUAUCUCCCUCCAGGGAGAGAAGUAUCUGGAUAAACAGAUUGAGAACGCCAUUAAUGGAGUGAAGGAGAUGAAGAGUGUGAUGCAGAAAUCCUCCGAAGACCACAAGAAGUUUGUGAACGCCCUGGAGAAAACCAAGCUGCAGAAAGAGGACGCGGUGCGCGCAGCCCAGGAGAUGGAGGCCAAGCUGGCCAAGGAGGAGGAGGUUUGCAACGACACCAUGACGGCUCUGUGGGAGGAGUGUAAGCCCUGCCUGAAGAACACCUGCGUCAAAUACUACUCCCGGACCUGCAGCAGCGGAUCUGGGCUGGUGGGACGUCAGCUUGAGGACGUGUUGAACAGAACAUCUCCCUUCUCCAUCUGGAUCAACGGGGAGAGGAUCGACACUCUGGAGGAGGAGGGGCAGCGGCAGAACCGAGAGUUCAAGAACCUGGAAGAGAGAUAUACAGAGAUGGCCGACGGCGUUGACAGCAUUUUCUCCGAUAGCAUGAAGGUACUAAAGAAGGUGGCCGAUCACAUCCACCUCAGCCCCCCCGUGUUCUUCUUUAACAACUUCCUGGGGCCGCACGCUCGCCGCAGCCGCAGCCUCCACUCGCUGUUCCACGAUCCGUUCCACAACUUCCAGAGCUUGUUCUCCCCCAUGAUGGGGAUGAGCAGGAACUUGUUCGGCUCCACGGACCCCGUGAUGGACCUGGGCGACAUCACUCCCAACGAGGACGGCAGCGUCAACGAGGACGUGAUCGUGACAAAACCCUACGGCGACGGCAGGAUGACCUGCAGGGAGAUCCGCCGCAACUCAGCCGGCUGCAUCAAGUUCCGCGAGGAGUGUGAGAAGUGUAAAGAAAUCCAGCAUCUUGACUGCUCUGGGAAGAAGCCCCUGGAGGGCCCGCUGAAGGAGGACCUGGAGGAGGCUCUGGCCAUGGCCGAGCGCUUCACCGAACGCUACAACUCCCUCCUGCAGAGGUUCGAGGAGGAGAUGUUCAACACUUCCUCCAUCCUGGACAUGUUCAACAGGCAGUUCGGAUGGGUGUCAUCUCUGGCAAACAACACCAAGGACGGCAUCUUCCGCGUGCAGGCGGUGCUGGGCAAAGACAUUGAGAAGAAACCAGACGACGAGAAGGAGCCCGCAGACACCAAAGUGUCGGUGCAGCUCUUCGAUUCUCCAGCCAUGAACUUCACGGUGCCGGGCGACAUCCCCUGGAGCGACCCCAAGUUCUCCGAGGUGGUGGCUCAGGAGGCCCUGGACCGCUACAAGGAGACCACCGUUGUGGUCAAAUAAACCUCAGCCAAACCUGCAGCGUCUGCUGACGAGAGAAUGUUCUGAAGUCAUGAAAACACACCUGCAACAAACAAGCUCACCCUGCAGCCGACCCGCUGACCCCACCGCUCCUCUUUACGUCCCGCUUCUGCAAACAGCACAGUUGAACCUCAGACGUUUCUAUCGUUCCAUUAGUCCUGCUGUAAGAGAACAUGUGUAGUUGGUGAACAGAAAAGCCUCGCUGUUACGUGAGCAGAACCCGGAAACGGGGCCUGACCGGCAAAAGUGAUUAGAGCUCGUUUUGAUGUUUGUGAUCUUGGGAUAAAACUUGUUUUUUCUUCCCUUGGGGUGAAGCUAAAUUGAAUUUUGACUUGUAACAAAAAUGAACAGCCAAGUUAAGUUUGCUCUGUUUUUAAGUGCUAUUAUUGACCCGAUCUUUGUUGCUACACCGCUCAGAUAGUUAUUGUAGAAGGUUGAAGUGGUGGGAAACUGAAAUAAAACAUGUUGAUUUGUGGGAGAUAAGUGAUUGCUCUCAGACUCUUACUCUCAUUUAGUUCUCCUUUGAAAAACUGAACAUCUGAAACAUUUCUGUCCUCAUGCCUAUGAAAAUAUUAAAGCUGAAGUCUGUUA